UGUUCAUCAUUUUCUUCCCUUUCCAUCUCUACUUUGGAAUCUCUGCAUAACAAUUUGUUGCAUGUUGUAAUGGCAAAAUCAGGGAACAAGAGCAUACAAGCAAAGCUGGUGCUACUUGGGGAUAUGGGUACUGGAAAAACGAGUUUGGUAUUAAGAUUUGUCAAGGGCCAGUUUUUCGAUUUCCAGGAAUCAACCAUAGGAGCAGCGUUUUUCACGCAGGUAUUAUCAUUAAAUGAAGCUACUGUGAAAUUUGAUAUAUGGGACACGGCAGGACAAGAACGAUAUCAUAGUUUGGCUCCCAUGUACUAUCGUGGUGCAUCUGCAGCGGCUAUAGUAUAUGACAUAACAAGCAAGGAUUCUUUUCGUCGAGCCAAAAAAUGGGUUGAAGAACUUGAAACACGAGGUAAUCCGAACAUGGUAAUGUUGUUGGUUGGAAACAAGGCUGAUUUGGAAUCAAGUAGAAAGGUGGCGACUGAGGAAGGUGAACAAUAUGCGAAAGAAAACGGGAUGUUUUUCAUGGAAACAUCUGCAAAAACUGGGCAAAAUGUUAAUGAACUUUUCUAUGAAGUUGCAAAAAGAUUAGCAAAACUGAACACUGUCCGCUCUACUGGCACGAAACUACAUGGUGAAACGCAAGAAAGGAGCAGCUUAUUUUGCUGCUCCGGUUGACAUCCUUGUUCAAGAAUUUCCCUUAUUGGCACCACCUAGUAUCUGCACAUCAGUUUAUAGACAAGUCGCCAUGGAGUGAACUGUGGCAAGUGAAUCCCCGUAUCAUCUACUUGUAAAAAGUUGAUGAAUCAUUUAAUCUUUGUAUGAAACAAGUCUGGUUAUUACUGAACUAUGAAAGCUACAAAAAAUAAGCUAACAAAUUAAGAUUGGCACACUUCUACCUCUGCUUCCCGCCAAGUUUCGCCGUUCCUCCUUUGAGCUUCGACUUUGCAAUGUUGUUACCAAGUUCUUCGCUUCUUUUACAAACCCUUGGUCUGAUAUGAAGUAUGCAAGAUCAAUGUAGAAUAUAAAACCAAGCUUGGACA